AAUGGAGUCAAGAUACCUUCAGCAGUGCCUGGGGACCUGCCUAACUCAAGGUCUUGCGGAAGUUGCAAGAGUUCGCCCACUGGAUCCCAUUGAAUAUUUAGCCUUGUGGAUUUAUAAGUACAAGGAAAACGAGAGCAUGGAGCAAUUGAGACAGAAAGAACUGAUUGCGUUGGAGCACGAGAGAGAAUUAGCUAUGAUGGAGCAGGAAAUGAUGGAUCGACUCAAAGCAGAGGAACUCUUGUUUCAGCAGCAGCUGGCAUUCCAGUUGGAGUUGGAAAUGCAAGAAAAAGAGAAACAAAAGACAGAAGAUUUCAAGACAGAGCAAGAAAAAUCCACUAAGGACACGCUGAGCACAGAGAGCAUAUUUAAGGGCGAGGAGGCCAUGCCGUCAGAGGAAUCGAUGAUGGACUCCGGCAAAACCCUAGCAGAAAUCAGCGACCGGUAUGGGGCGCCUAACCUGAGCCGAGUGGAAGAGCUGGAUGAGCCAAUGUUAUCCGAUAUUGCCUUAAACAUCGAUCAAGAUCUGUAG